AUGGAUGGUAUGUCGCCCGCCGGCGGGAAGAAAUGUCAAUUCUGUGAUCGUCGAUUCAGCAGAAACGAGCACCUUCGCCGACAUCAACGGUAUCACACGGGCGAAAAGCCAUUCCAAUGCCAGUUCUGCAGCAAAUCAUAUGCAAGAAGCGACGUCCUUGCCCGCCAUCUUCGAAAUCAUGGCUCCGAAAACCACGGGGACGGGGCGAAUACGGAGGGCCGAGAAGAUCAAGAAGAUUGCAUGAUGACGACGCAAGAAUCCGCGCCAGAGGCUUCCUUUGAACUGCAGCAGAUGGACUUUCCUGCCGACCAACGUGCUCUUGGAUUCGGCCAUGAUGGCGGCAGAGGUCCCUCUCUCAACAACCUAGAGAACCGAGCUGAGCCAGGCAUAACCCCCAACGAGAAUACCAUCACGCAUGCGAUGCAACUUCCGGCCUCAGAACAGAUGCCGGCGAUGGAGGCUUUCCCCGUCUCCGCCACGGGCUUUGAUCUGAGCGCACUCUGCGGCUACAACUUCGACUUCCCUUCGGUCUUCGAAGCGCUCGACAGAUGGAUCACGCCCGCCCCAACGGCAGACCACGGCAUGCUACCCUUUUUAUCUCCAGGGCAGGAACCCCCAAAUACAAUCUCGGUCGACCCAGCCUCUCUAGAGCUGUCGAAGCGCGUGCAGCAGGCGUGGCCACGAAGGCGUGCGUCUCCCGUCAUCCGCGUGAUCCGCAACAUGUGGCGCUGCGCCGCCUCGCACACGGCCGACAAUUUCUUCUCGAACCCACUCGUCGCGGGCCCGUCUCGACCUCCGAAUGCCAAUAUCUCAAGAUCGAGGUGGAAUAUGGACGACGAAUGCCGAGCCAGACUGAUGUCAGAUUGCGAGACCAACCUCCUCCCGGCGGAGAGCUACACCGGAGGAGUCACCGCGCCGGGAUCGCCUCGCAUCUCGGUCCCUUCAAUGCAAGAAGAGGUGGAAGUGGAGGGCCUCUCGCCUCAAGCCCCCCGCCUCCCAUUCCCCUCGACGGAAACGUUGGACAUGAGCAUCGACUUCUACUUCCGGCGGUUCCAUCCGGUCCUGCCCUUCUUGCACAAAGCCACCUUCGACGCGAAGGCGACGCCCAGCUGGCUCCUGCUACCCAUCUGCUUGAUUGGAUUGUCGAUCCUCAACCCCGGCGGAUCCGAGGAUCUCAUUCGCCUGUAUCUCGGCCGGCUCAUACGGUUUAGUCGCUUGAACCUCACCUACAAGGGUUUGGGGAAGGGUGGAGCGCACCAACUCUUGACGUCCCUGGCGUCGGCGCUUCUGGUGCUGUACCUGGGUUUGAGCUGUGAGAAACUGGUCGACGAGUACCAGGCACACAUGCUUGCCAUACAGACGCUCUUCAUCGCCGACCGUCACGGGAUGUUCUCGGCUCUUGACGGGGAGACGGUGGCCCUGGACAUGUUCCAGAGUCAUUUGGCUCCGGAGGAACAGUGGAAGUCUUGGGCACGGGUUGAAUCCUUAAAGAGAUUGGUAAUAUGCUUGAUAUCUAUCGAUUCGGCUUACACCAGGAUGCUUGACCUGGCCGCCAACAUUGGAAUCGAAAGAGUGGACGUGGUACUGCCCUGUGACUCGACAUUGUUUGAAGCACCCUCGGCGGCCGUGUUCUUCUCCCGAGUGGAAGCUGGGGCCUCGAUGAUUGCUCACCAAGCCGAUCUAGCUGCGGCGCCGGUAGGAGCAGGGCCUUUGAUUUCCACCCUCGACCCUCUGGGUCUGAGGGCACUUCUCGACGUCCUCUCCCUGCGCGAAGCAGCAUACAGGCACAAGCUUCUCUCCAAGGCGACGUCUUCGUCCAGACUCACCUCCUUCGUUCCGGCGCUGGCAUAUGCGCAGAACGAGAGUGCGUCGAACAUUGCCAGGGCCUUGGUAUCCAUCGCCACCACCAGGAUGGCCGUGCUCCAGCAAGAUACGCCGGCCGCGUUGACCUGGAACCAUCUCUGCCUCCUGCUGUGCGCAGAUAUAGAUCGAGUCCAGACUGCGUGCAGCAGGACCGGCUUGGAGGCCUCACGCAAGGCCAUGAGGGACCUUUCCCCGUGGUCGCAGACGCCCAGCGCACGGCGGGCCGUCCUCCACGCGGCGCAGAUCUUCAGCAUUCUGUCGCAGCGGAGGGUCUCCGACUUCAAGACUCUGCUGCCGGAAUUGCUCCUGUCGAACGCGGCGCUGGUCAUGGCAAUGUACGUCUGCAUCAGUCCGCAGAACGACCACUCUUACACCGAACCCACCGAGCUGUUGCACAGACCGGACUGGUCCAGCAUCGGAGACCAAGGGUUCUGCACGCGGUCCCGAGUCGAUGACCGUGAUCACUUGACGAGGUCCGUGAACGACCAGGUCCGGCGAUUCAUCACAGAGGGAGGAGCAUUUACAUUCGGCGGCGAGACAUACUCCCCCGGCGCGGUAUCGGCGCGGAAGGUGGUGCUCGUCUACGCGCAGCUGGUCGACGAGAUCUCGCCCAGGCCUGGGUCGGAGCAUUCGCGGCUGCUUCGCACCAUUGGCGACUUUCUGGGCGGGGUAGCCGAGCAGUUGACGGCGGUGAUGGAGGUCGGCUGA